AUGAAGGAACUCGAGAGAGUUAACAGCGAUCUUUUCAGUGCAAGACCGGUUGAUGGAGAUUUGUACCAUUGGAAAGCGAUGCUUAUGGGGCCGAAAGAUUCCCAUUACAAGAACGGCGUUUUCGAACUCACCAUGAACAUCCCUCCUGAAUACCCAUUUAAGGCGCCGAAGGUCUCGUUCAACACCAAAAUCUUCCACCCAAACGUGGGUGAACAUGGAAACAUCUUUCUUAAGAUGUUGAAGAACGAAUUUGCACAGGGAAGAGGUGAAGUAUAUGAAGAGGAAGUCUUGGGAAGGAGUUAA